AUGUCUACCACACCAGUCCCCCUGCAGUUGACGUCCUUGGUGAACGUGUCGGCAUCCCAACAACAAGAACGAUGCGACGGGGAACCAGCGUACCAUCCCGAGGAUUCCUACCAAACCCUCCAACGACUCUGUACACGACGCCCGUCGACUACCAACGACACCACCAUUGCAUCCUCCAGUGACUACGUGCACCACGGGAGUAUCGAAACCCUCUGGCAACGUCGACGGGACGGUACCGGAUGGCGUGUCGUGGUACAGAGUGGACUCGACGACGGUCGCGUCCUCGACCAACAACACACCAACGCCCGCGCACGUAAGACCACCAGCACCACACACGCGUCCUUUGUCAUUCCACAAGAUGCCGCCGCUGUUUCUACAUACGGAGGAGAUUGGCAACCCAAUCCAGCACUUGUAUGGACCUCCUUUGCGACCGAUACUACGCGUGAUCCAGCGCCACACACCGUCUUGUGUGUACUCGUACAUCCAACAACCCUCGUGCUCUACGACGUCUACCCCGAUCAAUCCGCUACCACCAUACUGACGGGAGGAGAAGGAUACACCAUAUCCUUGCCGUUUGAAUGUGCCGGUCUGUACAGUCUCGAUCAAGUGGGGGGACUCUUUCUGCAGCGGAUGCCCGACGCCGAAGAUACUCAAAUCGAUGGACCGCACCACCACGAUGAAUAUGACCAUAACGACGACACACACGAACAAACCCUACCACACACCGUCGACGAUGGUUUUAUCCUCCAGGCUCCACCCCGUCGUCACCGGAAUCCACCCCGGUUCCCCAACGACGAACUGGACGAUAGUGUGUCACCGCGUAUUUCUCGACAAUCCCCCCGUCCCGCACCGCACACUUCCCCCCACACACCGUCCUGGCUGCCUCACCUGCCACCCGUCGCCAGUUUGUUUACCCUGCAACAUCCUCUCGCGGACGUGUUGCCCGUCCGGCAAGUAUCGACGAGCAGUGUGUUGCACAACAAUCUGGUCACGGAUGUGCACGAAACGGUCUUGUGGGUGGGGACGGCCAAGUGGAGUGACGACAACAACAUUACUCGGAAUUCAUCGUCACCGCAGGCACAGAAACAAGUGCUCAUGGUCACCUUCCAUCAAGUGCACCAACGACACGCCGUAUGGGUCGUGCGCGAGGCGCCGCCGGCGCCUUCCCAAACCAUCCCUCUCCACCAAAUGUCCCACGCAUGGCACCAAACGAACCAUACCGCACAGGAGUGGGAAGUAGGAGGUGACGACGUCGACCUCUGGCUUGAGAGUGUGGAAACUGCGGCAGGAACCGGUCUUCUGGUCGGAGGCAAUGCCGUGCAUUUGCCGCCCACCGUAUCGCGUGAUCAGGCUCUGGCCGAAGCACUCGGCGUCCGGCGCACGCCCCGUCAAGCCAUCGACGCCGCGGUCAAUACUUCCGCGGCCCGCUCCCGACCGCGUACCAACGACCCUCGAUUAGCGCCGAACUCGUCUUUUCUGUCCCCUCAUAAUCGUUCCACGCUAUCCGUCACCCAGGAAACGUCAAUCCUCCACGAAUCCAAUGGUCGAUCGCCGGGGGGCAAUGCAGUGGCCAGUAGUCCCUUUGCCUCCAUGGAGCCCAAGAUUGCCGUUGAGUGCGUCUAUCGGGAAGAGCCCAGCGCGGUGAGAGUUCCCGCCACCAGUGUCUUUUUGGCAUCUAACGUGUCCGGCUCGGGCACGCUGACGCUAUGUCUCCUUGCUGCCUCUAGCACAGACACGCAAGAAUUGAGCUUGUUGGCGUUGCAGCCCAACGCCCAAGAUGGUUUUCAAGUCACUUUGAUAGAGCGGCGUGCCUGUUCCGGGGCCCAGCCAAUUCAGUCCACCCCGGUCCCGGCCUGUUUUGCACCACCCAUGGUCAAUCGCCGGACGGAAAUGGCCACGGAUAUAUUGGUGGCGGAUCCAGACGGAGCCUUGGUACUGUACCGCGCUAAUUUACCGAUUGCGUCCGUCACCGCUCCCUACCGUGGCCCAGUGGUCAAUGUACAGGAUGGAUUGGGCGAUCGCGUGUCGAUAGUGUUCGGGGACGGGGGCGGGCAACAGAUCGUACGCGCCACUCUUUCGUUGGCGUUGGAAUCUAGUCCUUUGACCCGGGAUGCCUUGGCGGUUUGGGACGCGGCCCUUUUUCCACGACCGGAAAACCAAGCGUUCGCGUUCGCGUUGCGGGCAGAUACGGUCCGCCUGGCACAGGCGUUGGCAACGGAAGCGACGGGCCGUGUGCGAUGCGACAUGGCGUGGACGGCGUUUGCUGCCGUUUUCGAACACAUCGUGGAACUAGCCUUGUGGGGGACAAGGUCUGAAACAAAUCCGUCCGCCAAGGUACAGUCUACGACUUCGUGGGAAGCUUUGGUGGGUUCCGACUACCAUCGACAGUACAAGGAUCAGGAUCAAGGUUUGCUUUUCAAAACAACAACGCCAUCUAUAACACUUUCACGAGAUGACGCGCCACGAGCGCUACUAGAUUCCAUCUCGUCGUUGGCAGCCACAGUACUGCGUUCUCGGGAAAAUGGACUCCCCAUUGUUCCGCCUUUAUUUGAUGCCCUCCUGUUUUUAUACGAAGAAAACAAGCUUUCGGUCGCGCAUCGAGCAAAGCGACUAGUCCCUCUGUCGAAACUGCUUGGUUCUAAGCUGUACAAAUACAAUUUUCCCCCAGUCCGCUCCCAACAACAUUUCGUUUACGUCGUUGCCAUUGCCACCAUCUAUUCUUACGUGGAUCGGGCUGAGAAUUGA